AUGUUUGUCAAAUCCGAGACCCUGGAGUUGAAGGAGGAAGAGGACGUACUGCUGCUGCUCAGCUCGACCUCCCCCUGCCGGCCCGCGCGGAUGCUGGGCCUGGCACACGAGUGCAAGCGGCGACCUACCCGGGCCCGGGCAGUUUCUCGCGGCGCCAAGACCGCGGAGACUGUGCAGAGAAUCAAGAAGACCCGCAGGCUGAAGGCCAACAAUCGCGAGCGCAACCGCAUGCACAACCUCAACGCAGCGCUGGAUGCGCUGCGUGAGGUGCUUCCCACGUUCCCCGAGGACGCCAAGCUCACCAAGAUCGAAACCCUGCGCUUCGCCCACAACUAUAUCUGGGCGCUCACAGAGACCCUGCGCCUGGCGGACCACUGCGGGGGCAGCGGCGGGGUCCUGCCGGGGGCGCUCUUCUCGGAGGCGGUGUUGCUGAGUCCGGGAAGCGCCAGCGCCACUCUGAGCAGCUGUGGUGACAGUCCAUCGCCAGCCUCCACGUGGAGUUGCAGCAACAGCCCCGCGCCGUCCUCCUCGGCGUCGUCCAACUCCACCUCCCCCUACAGCUGCACUUUAUCACCUGCCAGCCCGGCGGGUUCAGACAUGGAUUAUUGGCAGCCCCCACCUCCCGACAAGCACCGCUACGCACCUCACCACACCAUAGCCAGGGAUUGUAUCUAG